UCCGAGGACCGGAAGUGCUGUGUGGAACCGACUCGGCGCCGAGCUGGAGAGGCCUAAGGAGACGGUUGCGCUGAGGGUGAAUGAGGCCUGAGAGGCCGUCGCGGGAGCCGGACAUUGCCCAUGGAUGAGUUGGUGCAUGAUUUGGCCUCAGCCCUUGAGCAGACUUCUGAACAGAACAAACUGGAUGAGCUGUGGGAAGAAAUGACUCUGAGCCCAAGGCAGCAGCGGCGACAGCUUCGCAAGAGGCGGGGACGCAAACGACGUUCAGACCUCACACACCAAGCAGAACAUGCUUGCUGCUAUAGCGGAGCAUCUGAGUCCAGCCUGGAUGAAGUUGCAGAAGACUGUCGGGAAGUGCUGACUGCCAACUUUAGUGACUCGGAUGACAUGGCAGUAGUGAAACGUCAUCCAACACUCAGUGCAACUCUCAGGAGUAAGCAGCACUCCUGGCACGAGUCAGACUCAUUCACUGAGAAUGCACCUUGCCGACCACUCAGGCGCCGGCGAAAAGUUAAGCGUGUGACAUCAGAGGUGGCUGCUAGCCUUCAGCAAAAACUCAGAGUAUCAGAGUGGAGUUAUGAGAAAGGGUGCAGGUUCAAGUCUGCUAAGAAGCAGCGCCUAUCUCGCUGGAAGGAGAAUGCUCCCUGGACAUCAUCUAGCCGAGGGCUGUGCGAGUCUGCAGAGACCAGGACUUUCCUCAGCAAGGGGGGAAGGAAUGAGAGGAUGGAAUGUGAAGCAGAUGAACAGAAACAGGGUUCUGAUGAAAACAUGUCUGAAUGUGAAACCAGCAGUGUAUGCAGCAGCAGUGACACUGGACUUUUCACCAAUGAUGAAGGCCGCCAAGGUGAUGAUGAGCAGAGCGAUUGGUUCUAUGAGGGAGAAUGUGUCUCAGGAUUUACAGUUCCCAACCUCCUGCCCAAGUGGGGAACUGACCGUCAGUCUGACAUGGAACGAAUGGACUCCAGCUUUGAAAAAAUCUCAGAUCCAACAUUCCUUCUACCCUCUCGGCCUGCUACGAAAGGAUUUCAUGCCCGCUUGAACCGCCUUCCCAGUGUUACUACCCGCUGCCUCAGGAAGGGCCGUAGAAGGCUGGUUAGCAAGGAGACCAUCAUGAGUGCUUUGGGCACAGAGAGGAUUAGCCACAUCAUUGGUGAUUCCUGCCAAAAAGAAAAGAACAAAAUGCUGGCUUCCCAUUACUUCCACAUUGCAGCCUGUGUGCAAGAGUUCAACCCACUCUCUCCUCUGUACUCUUUGGAUGUCCUUGCUGAUGCUUCCCAUCGAAGGUGCUCACCAGCACACUGCACUGCCAGGCAGAGUAAUAUACACCUGGGACCUCCAUGCUCAAGGGACAUCAAGAGGAAGCGAAAGCCAGUAAUGGCAACAGCCUCCUUUUCCAGCCCGACCUCAGCAGCUUUCUCCGUCCAUAGAGAUGCACCAGAUGCCGGCCCACCUGUGGCACAUGCUCAGAGGCACCAGAACUGACUGGACAGCCAGAAUCCAUUCAUCAGAGAGAAGUGCCAUUGCAGCUACCCAAGGCAGCUUUUUUAAAAAUGUCACAUGAGAUGGUCCUUGACUGCACUAGAAGGAGGCAGCUCUUCUUUAACAAUUAGUUGGGCUUUUUAUAUCUUGGACUUCAGAGAGUAUCAAAAUUGUCAUCAAAUGCCUUGACUGACAAUAACUAUCUCUUCAGUGUUAGCGUGUGACAUGUCAGAAUGAUCCAUUUGCCCUAUACAUCCUGAAAACCAUGUCUGUAAAUCUAUGUAAAAAUGAAUAAUCAGUGUUUGGAUUCUCAUA